UCAUGACACACGGAGUACAAUGUGGUGUAGAUAUGUAGGAGAUUAUUGGGGGAUCACCUGAAAGGAUGAUAGAAUCUGGAGGAACAGGUAGCGGGUGUGACCGGUCAGGGCUGCUUUAUAUAUAAAGGCCCUUUCCAACUGCCUUUCAUUGAUACACAACACCUUACAGUCUGAGGAGCGUCUUGGGAACAAACCUGGGAAAAACAGGACUUUUUAUCUGCAGUGGGACAGGAGUCUGUCAUCCGCUUCCCUCAACAGAACAACAUGGCACGGUCAAAACUGGGAGCUAGGACCCCCGUAGUGGAAGCAGCUCUGGGAUUUGCACUGGGAGCCGUGGGAGGCUGUAUGCUGGGAGCCACAGAGGACCCAGUGGAAAAGAUCAUGGCGGUGAUGACCUCAGAGCCACAGGGCCUGAUGAAGCCAAUGACGGAUGAAAUCAACACUGUGGGCGCUCUAGGACUGGGCACCCUGGUGGGAGCCACGGCGCUCACCAUGGCAAUGACCUCAGUAGUAGCUGGGGUGAUCCUGGCUGCAGCUGUAGCUUCAAUAUUCGUGGCCACGAGGAGCUGCAUUCCCUCCCAGACAGAGUACAUUGGACUGUGGGCGUCAGCUGGACUGGCAGGGGCCUUUGGUACCACGCUCAGUGGAGCCACGCUGGGAGCCGCUACUGAAUGGAUUGUGAUGAAUUCUGGCAUGGUUGGACUGCUUUUGGCAUUGAGCAUUUUCACCAUGCUCAAACCGCCUCUCCACUUCUUACUUAAGAUCAUCUGGCAGCAAGGAGAAGCGUGCUGCAUUCAGAGACCAGUAGCUUUGAUCAGAGAGAGACAACAGAAGGAGAUAGACGCCAGAGAGAUGCAGCAGAGAGAAAGAGUGGCUGUGCAGAUCGAGCAAAGGAUCCUCAUGCUGGACAAGGGAGGAACAGAAUACGGGACGGACGAUGGCACAAUGUGGAAGGCUGAGCAAAGGCUGAGAACAGAGAUAGAGAGGGAGCGGAGAGAGAAAGAAGAAGAAGAGAUGGAGCAAAGAACCAUCCAAGAGUGGAUCAAUGAUGUGGUGCUGAAACACGUGGACUUCCUGGCGUUUUCAGGGAUACCAAUGACACUGUUGGCCAUAGUCACAUCAGUGUUUGGGGUUCUUGGUUACGGGGGCCACCAAUCUGUGUUCAUAGCACUUUUGGCUUUGGUCACAGUCAUAGCCUAUAUCUUAUUGAAAUCAACCAACUUUAAGUUUUGGAUGUUGGCAGGGUGCAUGGGACUGCUUGCCACUUUUGUCAUCGCUGUGCUCACGUUACAUGCCGGACAGGAGGUUGUGGCAGCGUCUAUGAAAAUGCGAGCAGCAGGACAGGGCCGGUCUAGAGAAGACGUCAGUGCUCAUAUGAACUACCGGUCAGCUCUGGAGGCCUUGAGUGCAGGGUUUUUUGUGGCAAAGAUGUGCCAGUUGGGUUUAGGGGCUACAGUGGGGGGACCUUUGGUGAGGCGAGGAGCUGGAGAGGCGAAAGUCAUAGUGGGGGCAGCUUUAGUAGCAGGAGGUUUAUUAGCAGGAGUGGAGGCUUUAGACCCAGUGUUGGGGAAUGGGGGGAAAGCUGGGGCAUUGCUAGGGGUAGUAGGGGCAGCAGGGGUAUCGGUCGGGGCAGCAGCAGCCCUGGCAGGAGGGUGGUCCUCGUGGUUAGGAACUUUGGGAACCAUAACAGGGCUGGUGGUGGGGGCGCUCAGCAUGGGGAGGUGGCAUUUUGUUAACAUUGGACUGCAGGUGCCUGUGGCCUAUGUCUUUGCUAUGGUCAAUCCAUUUUAACAGAGCACUUACCAGCUUCAGAUACACUUAGGCAUUCUGUCAACCCAUGCUGUCAAGGCACUGUGAAGAGUUGUAACUUGUUAGCUUGCAGUAGUAUGUAUGGGAGCUAUACCUAUUUGUAUCAGGUAUCCUAAUUUAAAGUGAUAGUUUACCUGUGUUUUGAAAAAUAUGAUAUUAUCUGACUUUCCCCCAGCUGUUCUGUAGGACAGGACAUGUAAAAUUGACAUUCAAAGUUCAAAGUUCAAAAGUUUCAUGAAAAUGAAAAUGAUCUGCUCUCAUGUGUUUCUCCUCAAGUUUGGAUGCUACUGUGGCCAUAACUUUAGCACCUGCUGGUUUUGUCUUUGCUAGCUGCAACUGCAAAAGCUUUAAGU